AGAUAUAGAGGAACUAGGGACUGGUUUAAAAUGUCAGUCUCAAGUUCAUGAAGGAGGAGAAAGCUAAUUCAAAGAAACAAGCAGGCAAGCUUUCUUUCUCUGGAGGAAUUACUAACCUCUUCCCAUGGCUCACUUGGGAGCACAUUUUGCCUUCAGAUCCCGCUGGCAGAAGACAGACCAUGAGCUCUGUCGACAUAGCAUGUCUUUUAUCCUUCACAAAGCCAUUCGCCAUGACUUCUUUCAGAGCUAUCUCUUCCUUUUGGAAAAAAUUCCACUGGUGAAGCUGUAUGCUUUGACAAGUCAAGUCAUUGAUGGGGAGAUGCAGUUCUAUGCCAGAGCAAAACUUUUCUACCAAGAAGUGCCAGCCACUGAAGAGGGUAUGAUGGGAAAUUUCAUUGAAUUGUCCAACCCAGAUAUCCAGGCCUCUCGGGAAUUUCUUAGGAAAUUUGUUGGGGGUCCUGGGAAAGCUGGAACGGAGUGCGCCCUGGACUGUGGCUCUGGCAUAGGAAGGGUCAGCAAGCAUGUCUUGUUGCCCAUUUUUAACAGUGUGGAAUUGGUGGACAUGAUGGAAUCUUUCCUCCUGGAAGCCCAGAAUUACCUGCGUGUCAAAGGGGACAAAGUAGAAAGCUACCACUGCUAUGGCCUGCAGGAGUUCACCCCCCCACUGGGCAGAUACGAUGUUGUAUGGAUACAGUGGGUUUCCGGACAUCUGACAGAUAAAGACCUCAUUGCCUUCCUCUCCCGGUGCCGAGAUAGCCUAAAAGCCAAUGGCGUCAUCAUCCUCAAGGACAAUGUGGCUCGGGAGAGUUGUGUCUUCGACCUGGUAGACAGCAGCGUGACCCGUGACAUGGCUACUCUGCAGAGUCUCAUCCAGCAGAGCGGGCUGGCAAUACUGGGGCAGGAAAUGCAGGCUGGCUUCCCUGAGCAGUGUGUUCCAGUGUGGACAUUCGCCCUGCAUGGAGCUGCGCAACCUUGACCCACAAGAGAUAAUAUGGGCUGGGCCACAUAGUGGUACCUGGAAAGAGGCUCUGUCUUCUGAAUGUCCCUCGUCAUUCCUGCAGCGACAGAGAAAAAGGAUACUUGAAAGUCUGGAAUGACUCUGAAUGCAGCACGCGUGUAAGUUUCCACUAGUGAGUCCAUACACUGUACAUUUUCCAAAAGACUGACUGAGCAAAAUAUCUGGAAUCUCCUCUAAGAGACUGCUUGUGUACACCUACACAAAACCGGAUCUUGUAGCAAUGCUGACAAAUUCUAAACUACUUUGGGCUCUGAAGGUUAGAUUAGAAAGUAGUUGGGGUAUGUGGGGUUAAAGUCUAGACCCCUCUUCUCUGCCUUUAUGUUAUUUAUUCAUACAUCCUUACUCUUUGGAAUAGCUACUUCUUUUAAACAACAAUCUCUCCAUAAGGAAGAAAGCAUCAGUUGAAAUAAUACUAUGGAAAUGAGAA